AUGAAGGCGUCUCUACUAAGAGCUGUUGUGGACCCGCACAGUAAUAUGUAUUUACUUCAACUAAUUGAAGAUUUGUAUGGUCAGGACAGUGCUGGCUCAGAGUCACGUGUGUGGGGUCACGUGUGUGGGGUCACGUGUGUGGGGUCACGUGUGUGGGGUCAGCUGACUGAGACUUUGAUAAAGGCCCUCCUCGUCCUGCGCAGCCCCAGACUGUACUCAGCUCCUGAACACGGCACACACGGACAAACCCGCGGAGUCAUGCUGCUCCUAACUCUUCUCCUCCUCGUCUCUUCAGCUGUCGCGAUUCCUCUGCUGGGAACAGAGCAGUGCGCCCGCGGCCCCCCCUACUGGUGUCAGAAUGUAAAGACUGCUUCUCUGUGUGGAGCUGUGCCUCAUUGUCAACAGAAUGUGUGGAAUAAACCUCAACUGAAAACCGUACCCUGCGAGCUGUGUAAAGAAAUCAUAAUCGUGGUUGAGCAGAUUUUGAAGGACAAUGCCACUGAGGGUGAGAUUCUUGGAUACCUGGAGAAAGCCUGCCAGCUUAUUCCAGAUGAGGGUUUGACUGCAGAGUGCAAAGAGAUGGUGGACAAUUAUUACCCCAUUGUGAUUGCUAUAAUCACUGGAGAACUGGACGAUCCUAAUGUGGCGUGUGGUGCAAUUGGGCUGUGCCGCUCUGAACAGGCAGCUCUGGCUGAAGUCCACCACAAGGCUCAGCUCCAAUCCAACGAGAUCCCCAAAAUGGAGCUGCCUCCAAUCCUAAGCCCAUUCAUUUUCAAUAUUCCCAAACUCCCUGAGGAGAGCCACAAGGAAGAAAGUCCUAAACAGGCCAAUGACGUUGUGUGUGACGAAUGCAUCAAGUUUAUCACCGACACUCAAGAUAAAAUGAAGAAUGACCCCACAUAUGUGACCCAUAUGAUUUCCACAAUCCAGCAACAGUGUGACAAAUUAGGACCUGGCAUUUCUGAUCUGUGCAAGGAGAUGGUCAGUGAGUACGCACAACAAGUUGUUGACCAGCUUGAGUCAAUGGCUCCCCAGGAAAUCUGCGGCGACAUCGGUGUCUGUGCCGCUAUGAAGAAGUCUGUCCCGAUGUUGAGCCUGCUGCCAGCCAUGACCAAGGCUGAGGCUAAAAGUGUACCGGCUUUGAAGAUGUUCCCAGCCACAAAAGUGGAGGACAAGAAGAAAAUGUUCAGAGUGCGUGAUUCCCCAUCAUGUGCAAUCUGUGAAUAUGUGAUGAAGCAGGUGGAGACCAUGUUGGAGGACAAGACCACUGAGGAGGAGGUGAUUCAGACGGUGGAAAAGGUGUGCCGAUUCCUGCCUUCCACUCUGACCAAACAGUGCGAGGACCUGAUUGAGACCUACGGCCAGGCCAUUAUCGAGCUCCUGGUGCAGCAGGCUGAUCCCAAAACUGUCUGCACUGUCCUCGGCCUCUGCUCUUCUUCUAGUGGCAAAUAUAUUGCUGUCCUUGAUGAGACUCGGUUCAAAGUUGGAGGAUACUGUGACGUGUGCAAACUGGCGGUGAACUACAUCGACGGCAUUUUGGAGCAGAACGCCACAGAGGCACAGAUUGAGGAGGCUGUGAAGAAGGCCUGCAAUUUCCUCCCCGAUUCUCUGCAAGACGAGUGUAACCAGCUGGUGGAGCAGUACGAACCACUGCUUGUCCAACUUCUCCUUCAGAUGAUGGACCCUGACUUUGUGUGUAUGAGAAUAGGAGCUUGCCCUGAAGCUGUGAAGAAGCUGCUUGGGACUGAGAAGUGCAGCUGGGGACCCAAAUUCUGGUGCCAGAGCAUGGAGUCGGCCACUCUCUGCAAUGCUGUGGAGCACUGCAAACGUCAUGUGUGGUAG